UGUUUUGUAAGUCUCUUUUAUUAUGUAGUUCCCCUAUUUUCAUUCUCUCUUUUUAUUUCAUGACAUUUAUUUGACGGAGAAGCAUUCAUUUGUUCUAAAGAAAGUUUUACCUUCUUGACCAAUUGCUUCCUCGUGGUGACAUUUAACUUGUUUCACUGUCCCUGGUCUUACCUGCAAGCUAGCAGGUAGAUUUAGAAACUUGAUUAGAUACAGGUUCAGUUAUUUUUAGACAGAAAUACUUCAUAGACGGUGCUGUAUACACUUUUUGUCAUUUUAAUGACCAAGGACUUUUGGGACUCAAACAUUUGGGAUGGACUGAGAAUAAAAACCACUCAGUUUUGCAGGGGGAAAGGAAAGACACUGUGUGAAUCCAGUGGCAGCAGUUAUUGGAAAAAAUAAAAUCACUGGCUUUAUUACUCAAUAAAUUGAGCCUCUUUGGCCACUCUGAUUAUGAAGGAGAGGUGUAAUGGAAUUUUCAAAUUGCAUUUUUCAUGAGGGAUCCAAAUUCAGUAGACAUGUGAGUUGGCAGACAAGGUGGUUUGAAAACCAGCCCCACGGCUCUGAACGUCUCAGGCUGUGGAGAGGAGAGAGGGUUGUAGACACAGCCCGCCCUUUUACUCCCACCUCGUGGGAUGGGAGCAGGGCUCCUUGGAGCAGCAGUCCUGUGGCUGGGCCGCUGGGAGGUGCUGUGUCGUGGGGCUCCUAAACCUCAGGUGGCCAGAAGCGGCUGGUUGUAACGUUGGUCUUUGGCAUCUUGACCACCUGCCCCAGCAAUCCUACUGGAGCCAAGCAAAGCUAAGGGAUUGUGGUCUGUGCACCAGAGGUGCCUGGGAUGUGUCUGCUUGGGCUCUCUGUCUGGUAGGCUGGGCCACGCAGAGGGCCCCUGGGAGCAAGAGGCUGGAAAUAGAUGCCAUAUUCCAAGGCUUGUGGAGCUUGACAGCGCUGAGUUUCUGGCAGUGAGACCUCCUAGGAACCCACUGAAGCAGCUCAUACGAGGAAGAAUGAGCUUUAGGUAUUUGCCAGGCCCAGAGAAUGGGGUGCCAGCCUACAGUGGAAUCAGGUCCUCUGCUGUCCUCUGCUGCAGAUUUGGAAGGCUAUCAUGGGCAUGAAUGUGAAAAUUUGGAGGUUUCAGCUCACUUGUUGCUUCUGCCUGGAAGACUAUCCUCUAGAAGUAGGAAAAGUGCUCCUCAUGCCAGUUGACUCCAAGAGACGAGAAGUGUUUUAGAAGGAAAUGGAUGAAGGCAGCUCAGGGGGCCCCAAACGCGUGCUCCCUGUGGUCUAGUCCGAGGAAGCCCUUCCGCGGGGCCCAGACGUUCUGGGAUGUCACCAGUGCUGGACGCAUGGCUGAUUCCUGAAUGACGAUGGUUCGCCGGGGGCUGCUUGCGUGGAUCUCUCGGGUGGUGGUUCUGCUGGUGCUUCUCUGCUGUGCCAUCUCCGUCCUCUACAUGUUGGCCUGUACUCCCAAAGGCAACGAGGAGCAGCUGGGGCUGCCCCGGGCCAACAGCCCCACGGGGAAGGAAGGGUACCAGGCUGUCCUGCAGGAGUGGGAGGAGCAGCACCGCAACUACAUCAGCAGCCUCAAGAGGCAGAUCGCACAGCUGAAGGAGGAGCUACAGGAGAGGAGUGAGCAGCUCAAGAAUGCACAGUACCAUGCCAGCGAUGCCGCGGGCCUGGGCCCUGAGCGGGGCGCCCCUGAGAAAACCCAGGCUGACCUGCUGGCCUUCCUGCACUCACAGGUGGACAAGGCGGAGGUGCAUGCCGGCGUCAAGCUGGCCACUGAGUACGCCGCAGUGCCUUUCGAUAGUUUCACCCUGCAGAAAGUGUACCAGUUGGAGACUGGCCUGACCCGCCACCCCGAGGAGAAACCCGUGAGGAAAGACAAGCGGGAUGAGUUGGUAGAAGCUAUCGAGUCAGCCUUGGAGACCCUGAAUAGCCCUGCGGAGAGCAGCCUAAAUCAGCAUCCUUACACAGCCUCGGAUUUCAUAGAAGGGAUCUACCGCACGGAAAGGGAUAAAGGCACUUUGUAUGAGCUCACGUUCAAAGGGGACCACAAGCACGAAUUCAGACGACUGGUCUUGUUUCGACCGUUUGGCCCUAUCAUGAAAGUAAAAAAAGAAAAACUCAACAUGGCCAACACACUUAUCAAUGUGAUCGUGCCCCUGGCAAGGAGGGUGGACAAGUUCCGACAGUUCAUGCAGAAUUUCAGGGAGACGUGCAUCCAGCAGGAUGGGAGGAUUCAUCUCACCGUUGUUUACUUUGGGAAAGAAGACAUGAACGAGGUCAAGGGAAUACUUGAAAACACUUCCAAAGCUGCCAACUUCAGGAACUUCACCUUCAUCCAGCUGAACGGAGAGUUUUCCCGGGGAAAGGGACUUGACAUUGGAGCCCGCUUCUGGAAGGGUAGCAAUGUCCUUCUCUUUUUCUGUGACGUUGACAUCUACUUCACCUCUGAAUUCCUCAAUACCUGUCGGCUGAACACACAGCCAGGGAGGAAAGUAUUUUAUCCUGUCCUUUUCAGUCAGUACAAUCCUGGCAUCAUAUACGGCCAUCACGAUGCGGUCCCGCCCUUGGAACAGCAGCUGGUCAUAAAGAAGGAAACUGGAUUUUGGAGAGACUUUGGAUUUGGGAUGACAUGUCAGUAUCGGUCAGACUUCAUCAAUAUAGGUGGGUUCGAUUUGGACAUCAAAGGCUGGGGCGGAGAGGACGUGCACCUGUAUCGCAAGUACCUCCACAGCAACCUCAUAGUGGUGCGGACGCCCGUGCGGGGGCUCUUCCACCUCUGGCACGAGAAGCGCUGUGUGGACGAGCUGACCCCCGAACAGUACAAGAUGUGCAUGCAGUCCAAGGCCAUGAACGAGGCCUCCCACGGGCAGCUGGGCAUGCUGGUCUUCCGGCACGAGAUAGAGGCUCACCUUCGCAAACAGAAACAGAAGACAAGCAGCAAAAAAACAUGAACUCCCAGGGAUACAUUUGGGGAGAUGUUUCAUUUUUCCUUUUGCAAUUAACCUGACAAGUGGCUGCAACAAGGAAAAGAUUUUCGUAAAGGGCAAGAAAGAAUUUGGCUGAUGAGUAACCGAUGGGAGGAGAGAGCCUCCAGUUUCUGCCUACGUGGUUUUAUGCAGCAGGAACUAACACCCCGCCACACACACACAUUGCCUGCAACAGUAGCCCCAACGCACCCUCCCCAGCGUCUGACAAAGGAGAGUGAUUGUGAGACUAGAAGCUUGAUGAUGUGGACGUUUUGAUUGUGUUUGCAGCACAGUGAGAUCUGUGUUUUUUAUGCUCAUUGAAAUAUUCAUGAAUUACAGCCAGUUUUGAGAAAAUCCAUUAGAAUGAAAGGCAAACAGAUUUCUCCCCAUCUGAAUGAUUAUGUCAGUAGGGCUGUAGUGUUUAGGAAUGUUAAAAAUCAGAAGGCAGCCGAGAAGACUACAUGAACAUUCAAAGAUAGCCUCAUUGCGCUCUUGUGAGUAUACAAAGGAAAACCAAAUGGACUAGACAAGAAAGAAUAACUGUGUGUCCUUUCCCCCCAAGAUUAACCAAAAAUGAUCUGCUCAUCUUUUCUGUUGUAGUUUUAACUAUGCCCAUUUGUUAAUUUUAUUUUAAAAACGCACUUUCCUUUUGCUCAAGAGUUAUGUUUUGCUUAUUUAACGACCAAUUCCCAAGCCUUACUCAGAGAGCACAAGUUAGCACACACUUUUCUGUUCUUUAAGAAGACACUUUUGGGUACAUCAUGGGAGCUUCCCGUUCCGAGCAGCGGAUGAUGCCCGUCCCCGAGGCCAGGCCGAGCGAGCGCCGGCCCUGUCAGGCCCUGGUGUCGGACCUUCGUCGUGGGGAGGGCGUGUGCGGGGCCACUGCCGGAUCAAAGACACACACACACUUUACACCAUGAGCGAUGCUAAAGAGGAGCCACUGCACACUGGAGGGAAACAAAAGUAUACUUUUUUUUUAUCUUGACAGAAAAGGAAACUCUUUCAAACUGGUGGUACCUUGAUUUAUUCAAAAGCAAGAACACACAAUUUGUCCUCAGGAGAACUGGGGCUCGCUUCCUUACUUGUUUAAACAAACCAAAGUAAAUACCGUGUGAACCAAACAAUCUCUUUUCCAAGCAGGGUGCUCUUCCUGGCAUCUGGCUGCCACGAGAAGAAUGGCAGGAAAAUGUAUUUGUGAAAGAUCACUUCAUCUGCCGGAGUCUCUCGUGGGAAGGAAGAUUUUGCUACACGUUCACCUGCCCCAGUCCAGGGGGACAUAACUUUGUUGUUUUUUAAAUGAAGCAGUUCUACUCAGUCACCAAGACGCUUCUGAAAAUUGCAUUUUAUCACAGUUUCCAACUAUUUAAAAAAUAAAUGGAGUUAACAUUGA